UGUAAUAUGUUGGACAUGGCGUCUACCCCAAUGAAAUGCUAACGUUAAUUCCCUUCCCAAACGGGCAACAAGGACGUUAACCAUCAUCCAAAGCCACAGCUCCUGAGAAAGCCACAGCAAAAAAUGUUAAUUCAGCUCGGAAAUGGGCAGAAAGGCUCGAACGUCAAAAGAUCGCCAUGAGUUCGAGGCUAACCCGAGACUACAUAGUGAAUUCCAGGUCAGCCUGGGCUAGACAGAGCGAGACCCUACCUCGAAAAACCAAACAAAGAGAGAGCGGGAGAGAUGCCAAGUCCGUAGAAAACACUGGAGAGCCUCCAGCUGGGUAGAUGCCACCAUCGAUCCCGGCCGUGCUGACCCCGAAGCUUCUCAGCUUCCUGCCCUUACGACCAUUCAAACGAGCCGCUUUCGCCCGUACCCAAUCAGAACGCUCCAUCUUCAGUAGCCGCCCAAUGAGCGCACGCGAUAGACUGGGGGAAAGGGGGCGUGAAGGCAGCUCGCAGCGCCAUUACACUUCAGGGCAAAGAGGUUAGAAGCCGGCAUGGCGCUUGGGUCAAUAAAAUCGAUCGCUGGGACCUGCCUGUGUUCCAGGCAAAGGCAGUGCAGUCGCGGCGCCGCCAUCUUCCCCGAAGGCAUCUUCCGGUGCCUGUCCCCCAAGUUCGGGCAGGAGUUUCCUGAAUAACUACCGCGGUUUCCGUUAGCCCCUCAGGCGGCCGAUCAGGAUCCCCCCGCUCCCGCCCCCCACGCUCAGCCCAGGCCCGGCGGGGGCUCCUCUAUCCCCGGUCCCGGCAGCGCUCCGGGGCCGAGGUCCUUGAGCGGGCUUCGCGGGUCCAAUGGCGCCGCCUUCGGCUCCGCUUCCUGCGCGGGUACCGGGAGAGGCCCGACCUAGUCGCAGAAGGGGAAGGAGACCAAGGGCCUUGAAGUUCGUGGACGUGGCCGUGUACUUCUCCCGGGAGGAGUGGGGCUGUCUGCGGCCCGCGCAGAGGGCUCUGUACCGGGACGUGAUGCGCGAGACUUACGGCCACCUGGGCGCGCUCGGCUGCGCAGGUCCCAAGCCAGCUCUCAUCUCCUGGUUGGAACGAAAUACAGAUGAUUGGGAACCGGCUGCCCUAGAUCCGCAGGAGUACCGGAGAUGGUUAACAAUCCAGAGAAAAACCAGAACCAGACAGAAAAAUGGUGAAAAGGAAGUAUUCCCAUCUAAGGAAGCACCCCGAAAGGGGAAGCGAGGGCGAAGGCCCAGCAAACCCCGGCUGAUCCCCAGACAGACAUCUGGGGGCCCCAUCUGUCCUGAUUGUGGCUGUACUUUUCCUGACCACCCAACGCUGGAGAGUCACAAAUGUACUCAGAAUUUAAAAAAGCCUUACCCUUGUCCAGAUUGUGGGCGCCGCUUUUCCUACCCAUCCCUGCUGGUUAGCCACCGCCGGGCACACUCUGGCGAGUGUCCCUACGUCUGUGACCAGUGUGGCAAGCGUUUCUCCCAGCGGAAGAACCUUUCCCAGCACCAGGUCAUCCACACAGGCGAGAAGCCCUACCACUGCCCUGACUGUGGCCGCUGCUUCCGUCGCAGCCGGUCCCUGGCCAAUCACCGAACCACGCACACGGGUGAGAAACCCCACCAGUGCUCUAGUUGUGGGCGUCGCUUCGCCUACCCGUCCCUGCUGGCCAUCCACCAGCGCACACAUACCGGAGAGAAGCCCUACACCUGCCUGGAAUGCAGCCGCCGGUUCCGCCAGCGCACGGCUCUGGUGAUCCACCAGCGCAUCCACACGGGCGAGAAGCCCUACCCGUGCCCGGACUGCGAGCGUCGCUUCUCCUCUUCCUCUCGCCUGGUCAGCCACCGGCGGGUGCACUCUGGAGAGCGGCCCUACGCCUGCGAGCACUGUGAAGCCCGCUUCUCCCAGCGCAGCACUCUGCUCCAGCACCAGCUUCUGCACACCGGGGAGAAGCCCUACCCCUGUCCCGACUGCGGGCGUGCCUUCCGGCGAAGUGGCUCCUUGGCCAUCCACCGCAGCACACACACCGAGGAGAAGCUGCAUGCAUGUGAUGACUGUGGCCGCCGAUUUGCCUACCCCUCGCUGCUGGCCAGUCACCGGCGCGUGCACUCAGGAGAACGGCCCUACGCCUGUGACCUGUGCUCCAAACGCUUUGCCCAGUGGAGCCACCUGGCUCAGCACCAGCUUCUGCACACUGGAGAGAAGCCUUUCCCUUGCCUUGAAUGUGGCCGCUGCUUCCGGCAGAGGUGGUCUCUAGCUGUACACAAGUGUAGCCUCAAGGCCCCGAACUGUAACCCUAAAUCUUCUAUAGGAGGGCCCAGUCAGAGAGGCACUACUCUUUAGUGUGGAAAGGGCUGUGGAUGUCCAUGGAAGGAUCCAGAAAAGGGAAGGAGCUGCCCUUGGGUCUUGCAGGGCAGCAUCAAAACUAAAACCUCCUGCUCUACACAUUUUAACUUCAGAGUAUUCCAUCGCAUGGUGGCCUUACUGUGAGCGUCUAGAACAGUCUUAUUGGGAAAAAUGACAUCAUUUGAUUAGCUUUCCAAGCUAACCUAUCUUAAUUAGGGCAGAUUUCUCCCCACCUACUUCAGGGGCUGCAUUUUUAGUUUGUGCUACAGGAGUUACCUGUGAGGACCAUCUUGUUUAUGCAGAACAGAACCUUUCCAACUCAACUCUGCUUCUCCAGAUCGUGCUGGUCAUUUUUUACAACACUCCUUGAGCUUGAGUUGGGCAUGGUGGUACAUGCCUUUAAUCCCAGCACUGGGAGGCAGAGGUAGGAGGAUCGCCAAGUUCGAGGCUACCCGGAGAUGACAGAUCUGCCUGAGUUAGAAAGAAAAGAAAAGAAAUAUACAGCUUGCUUAAAACCCUCCAUUGACAGGAACUUGCUACCUCACACACAGGCAGGUCAUUUCCUUGUGGGGUAGUGCUGACUUUCAGGUUAACUACCACAUUCUUUUAUGACAGGGUUUCAAUUCCCACAUGAGCUGUUUCAAAAUACAGUGUUUUCAGUGUCCGGUCCAAAUCCCACACAAAAUAAUACCCACAGUGUACUGUGCA